AUGGAAAUAGCCCAGCCAUAUUCCCAGGGUGGGCUAGACCCCUGGUGCCCAGUGGCCCCAUCUGCUUUCCCUCCCUAUCUCUGCUCUCCCAUCCUCCUGACUCCCCAGCAGUUCACCCCCUGCUCCCCUUCCUCUCUUGCAGGCCUGUCUGAAGAGCAUGCUGCCCGCUCACUCCCCACCUGGCCUGGCCAUCCCUGCCCCCCCAGCCUGACCCCCGGCCCCAGCAUGGCCCAGGGUGCCAUGCGCUUCUGCUCGGAAGGCGACUGUGCCAUCUCCCCACCACGAUGCCCACGCCGCUGGCUCCCCGAAGGCCCAGUGCCCCAGAGCCCCCCAGCCAGCAUGUAUGGCAGUACAGGCUCUUUACUCCGGCGAGUAGCAGGUCCAGGUCCCCGAAGCCGGGAGCUUGGACGUGUGACAGCGCCCUGUACACCUCUGCGUGGCCCCCCUUCACCCCGCAUUGCUCCCUCACCUUGGGCACCCUCUUCACCCACUGGGCAGCCCCGACCAGGGGCCCAGAGCUCUGUAGUCAUAUUCCGCUUCGUGGAGAAGGCCACUGUGAGGCCACUGAAUGGGCUGCCUGCUCCUGGAGGCUUGAGUCGGAGCUGGGACCUGGGUGGGGUCUCUCCUCCCAGGCCCACCCCAGCCCUCGGGCCUGGCUCCCAUCAAAAGUUGAGGCUAGAAGCAUCCACAUCAGACCCGCUUCCAGCUGGAGGAGGCUCAGCUCGGCCUGGAAGUCAGGGCCUUUUACAGGGGCCACCAACUCAACCCCAGGUUGGAGCAGAUGGUCUUUACUCCUCUCUUCCCAAUGGGCUGGGGGGCCCCUCUGAGCACCUGGCCACAUUAUUCCGAGGACCUGCUGACACUGGACUCCUGAACCAGGGGGACAUCUGGUCCUCACCACGAGAAGUCUCCUCUCAUGCCCAGAGAAUCGCUCGAGCCAAAUGGGAAUUCUUCUAUGGCUCUUUGGACCCCACCAGCUCAGGUGCUAAGCCCCCAGAGCAGGCCCCCCCAUCUCCACCUGGGGUGGGCUCAGGGCAGGGCUCUGGGGUGGCUGUGGGGCGAGCAGCCAAGUACUCCGAGACGGACCUGGACACAGUGCCCCUGAGGUGCUACCGCGAGACCGACAUCGAUGAGGUGCUGACUGAGCGGGAAGAGGCUGACUCGGCCAUCGAGAGUCAGCCCAGCUCUGAGGGCCUUCCUGGCACUGCCUGCCCACCUGCCCCACGUCCUGGCCCAUGCCUUGGCCCUCAUCCCAGCCUGGGCAGUGGCAAUGAGGAUGAGGAUGAGGCAGGUGGGGAAGAGGAUGUGGACGACGAAGUGUUUGAGGCCUCAGAAGGGGCCCGGCCAGGUACCCGAAUGCCUCACUCUGGGCCUCUCAAGUCACCUCUGCCCUUUCUACCUGGGACCAGCCCCUCGGCUGAUGGGCCUGACUCUUUCAGUUGUGUGUUUGAAGCCAUCUUGGAGUCACACCGGGCCAAGGGCACCUCCUACACCAGCCUCGCCUCGCUGGAGGCCCUGGCCUCACCUGGCCCAACCCAGAGCCCCUUUUUCACCUUCGAGCUGCCUCCCCAACCCCCUGCCCCCAGGCCUGAUCCGUCUGCUCCUGCCCCACUUGCUCCUCUUGAACCGGAUUCUGGUACCAGCUCUGCUGCUGAUGGGCCUUGGACACAGAGAGGGGAGGAAGAGGAGGCAGAGGCUGGAGCCAAGCAGGCCCCAGGGAGGGAUCCCCCUAGUCCUUGCCACUCAGAAGACAGCUUUGGAUUGGGGGCAGCACCCCUGGGCAGUGAAACACCCCUGAACCAGCUGGUGUCUGAUUCGGACUCCGAGCUGGACAGCACAGAGCGGCUGGCCCUGGGAAGCACUGACACCCUGUCCAACGGGCAGAAGGCAGACCUGGAGGCUGCGCAGCGCCUCGCCAAGAGGCUGUACCGCCUGGAUGGCUUCAGGAAGGCGGAUGUGGCCCGGCAUCUGGGCAAGAACAAUGACUUCAGCAAACUUGUGGCUGGCGAGUACCUGAAGUUUUUUGUCUUCACGGGCAUGACUCUGGACCAAGCUCUCAGGGUGUUUCUCAAGGAGCUGGCCUUAAUGGGUGAGACCCAGGAACGGGAGCGUGUGCUGGCCCACUUCUCCCAGAGAUACUUCCAGUGUAAUCCUGGAGCCCUGUCCUCAGAGGACGGUGCGCACACGCUGACCUGCGCCCUCAUGCUACUCAAUACGGAUCUCCACGGCCACAACAUCGGGAAACGCAUGACCUGCGGAGACUUCAUUGGUAACCUGGAAGGCCUCAACGAAGGCGGCGACUUCCCCAGAGAGCUGCUCAAGGCCUUGUACAGCUCCAUCAAGAAUGAAAAGUUGCAAUGGGCCAUAGACGAGGAGGAGCUGAGACGCUCUCUGUCUGAGUUGGCCGACCCCAACCCCAAGGUCAUCAAGAGGGUCAGCGGGGGCAGUGGCAGUGGCUCCAGCCCUUUCCUGGACCUGACUCCCGAGCCCGGGGCUGCAGUCUACAAGCACGGCGCCCUGGUGCGAAAGGUGCACGCGGACCCUGACUGCAGGAAGACACCUCGGGGCAAGCGCGGCUGGAAGAACUUCCACGGGAUCCUCAAGGGCAUGAUCCUCUAUCUUCAGAAGGAGGAGUACCAACCUGGGAAAGCGCUGUCGGAGGCAGAGCUUAAGAACGCCAUCAGCAUCCACCACGCGCUGGCCACGCGGGCCAGUGACUACAGCAAGAGGCCGCACGUCUUCUACCUGCGCACUGCUGACUGGCGGGUCUUCCUCUUCCAGGCCCCGAGCCUGGAGCAGAUGCAGUCUUGGAUCACUCGCAUCAACGUGGUGGCUGCCAUGUUCUCUGCACCCCCCUUCCCAGCUGCCGUCAGUUCCCAGAAGAAGUUCAGCCGCCCUCUGCUACCCAGCGCUGCCACCCGCCUCUCCCAGGAGGAGCAGGUGCGGACCCACGAGGCCAAGCUGAAGGCCAUGGCAAGUGAGUUGAGGGAGCAUCGGGCCAUGCAACUGGCCAAGAAGGCCCGGGGUAAGGAGGCUGAAGAGCAGCGGCAGAAGGAGGCGUAUCUGGAGUUUGAGAAAUCCCGCUACGGCACAUACGCAGCACUGCUUCGGGUCAAGCUGAAGGCGGGCAGCGAGGAGCUGGAUGCGGUGGAGGCAGCAGUGGCCCAGACCGGCGGCACGCAGGAUGGACUCCCCGCUCCUCACUCCAGUCCCUCCCUGCCGCCCAACACCUCCAGUCAGCCCCGGGCACAGUGUCCUGACUCAGAGGCUCGGGCAGGGGCAGGCAGUGGGCGGUGGAAGCCCUGA